GGGGUACUAGCUCAUUACAGAUUUUAAAUUGGGUUGUUGCUCAGCAACCCAUAAUUAGUAAUUGCACUGGCGAAAAGCUACGUGCUGAAUACUGAAUCUUUAGUAGACAGAUCAGCAGAAAUUUAGAAAUAAUAGAUAGAAACAGAGGGCCACAAGCUCCUGAUAAAAACGUGAAUUUUGAUCCCAACACUAGAACGAAGAGAUUGAAAUAAAAACGACAAUAUUUCGAUUUGAACCAGAACGAGGAUGGAGGCAACCUUGUUCCCAGGGUCCCCUCUAAAAGAGGAAGAGAAGAGACCUUGGGAACGAGUGCAAGGGCGUUGGGGGGUAGGGUGAGGGCAUAAUUUCAUUCUCGUCCCCACAGCCCUUUUCGCUUCUCUUAGCCGGCGGGGCUUUGGCACUAGCCAAGGCCCCGCCGGCUAAGAGAAGCGAAAAGGGCUAUGGGGACAGGAAUGGCAUAAUUUCAGCUGCUCUAUAUUCUAUUUCUGUAUUUCUCUAUACUUCCUUUUUCUAUUUUUCCAUAUUCCUCUUUCCAGCCCAUCAGGAAAUUAUCAUUUCAAGCCAAUAAAAUCACGCGUCUCCCGAACCGUCCUUUCCUCGUGCCAAGCCCUCGCCGGCUAAGGGGGACGAGAACGGUGCGAGAACAAACGCUAUCAGGUCAGCGGGUGCCUGCAAUAUAAUACGAUUCAAAAUGGCGGAAGAAGUAGGACCGCCAACAAAGAGACCAAAGAGGCAGAAAAAUGUGUUAAUUGGAGUCACUGGAAGCGUAGCGAGUAUAAAAUUAUCGAAACUCGUAGAUGAGCUACUCCUCUUGGAACCAAAGCCAAAUGUCCAAAUCAUUGCCACAGAAAACUCUAUGCAUUUCUUUGACAAGGACAAAAUUCCUGUGAAAGUGUUUAGAGACAGGGAUGAAUGGGAGGCAUGGAGCACUAUGCAAGAUCCUGUUCUACACAUUGAGCUGCGACGUUGGGCCGAUCUCAUGGUUAUUGCACCACUAGAUGCCAACACUAUGGCCAAGAUAGCUAAUGGUUUAUGUGACAACCUCUUGACCUGCACAGUUCGUGCAUGGGAUGUCAAGAAGCCACUGCUAUUCUGCCCAGCAAUGAACACGCUUAUGUGGGAACACCCCAUCACCUCGGAGCAUGUUGAGCGGCUUAUAAACCUGGGAUACUCUCAUGUUCCACCCAUCAAAAAGACACUGGCCUGCAAAGAUACAGGUGUUGGAGCCAUGGCUGAAGUCACAAGUAUCGUCAGUUUAGUAAAGGAUCACCUUGAGAAGAUGACAUAACUUAGGCAGCUUUGUUCCUGAAUUAGAGCAGUUCCUAUUUUUACACAGUCCACUGAGUAAGAAGCAGAAAAAAGGAUGAGAGGAAAAAAUGGCUGUAUGAACUCUGAACUAAAAAGAGGAAAUGGUCUAGUCUCAUUCAUUUUAAUUUAAAAUAUGCACUGAGAAGACUUGAGAGAAAUGGAAGUUACUGUACAAUGUUUAAUGGGUAUUAAGGGCAUCUUGUCAGUUGCUAGGGUCUCUGUCAUGUAAAUAAAUUGUUACAGUUACUAUGUAAUACAGCUGUAGAACAUUAUACAUGUAUGUACAAGUUUCAAAAUAAAUGUAGUUAUUUUGUGUUA